AUGAUUGACGCCUUGUUGAUUCUCAACGCUCGUGGUCAACACCUUCUCUCUCGAUCUUUCAAAGAUCGUCUGGACAUACGAGGUAUUGUCACUGCCUUCAAGACACAAAUACUCACCUCAAAACUUGUUGACAAGUGUCCAGUUAAAACCAUUGCUGGACUUUCUUUCAUGUUCAUUCGUUAUGAAGAUUUAUUCGUGUUAACCGUUUCAAGACAAAAUUCCAAUGCUGCUCUCGUGUAUGAAUUCAUGUACAAAUUUCUUUCAUUGCUUGCUUGUUACUUGACACGAGAAAUGUCCGAAGAAAUGAUUCGAGAACAUGCACCAUUGAUCUAUGAAUUAUUGGAUGAAACUCUUGAUUUUGGGUAUCCACAACAUUUGGAAAUUGAAUCUCUGAAAAGCAUUCUGUCUCAUGUCCCUGGUGGAAAUGAAAACACACUCAUUCAGAGACAAUCCUCUCAAGAAAUAAGCGAAGUAUUGAAACACAUGACUGGAGAUACGCCAUGGAGACGUCAUGGAAUUGUACAUUCCAAAAAUCAAGUCUUUUUAGAUGUUAUUGAAAAUGUCAACAUGCUCAUGAAUGAGAAGGGAAGUGUUUUGAGCUGUGAUGUCAAUGGUCGAAUUGUCAUGAAUUCCAUGCUGAGUGGUAUGCCUGAAUGUCGAAUUGGUCUCAAUGAUAACAAGCUCAUGAAUCAAAGAUCGAAUGUUCAGGGAUCAAAUUCCUCAACACCCACUGUCACACUUUCUUCGAACUUGGUUCCAAAAAAGAAUGCCGUUUAUGUGAAUGAUUUUUCUUUCCAUCAAUGUGUCCAAUUGAAGGAAUUCCAAGCUCACAAAACUAUUAGUUUUGUUCCUCCAGAUGGAGAAUUUGAAUUAAUGAGAUAUAGGGUGUCUCAAUCUGAGGGAAUUAUUCCUCCAUUCCGUUUAUUACCACCAAUAGUGAAUGAAACAAGCAAGAAUUCAAAGCUGGAGGUGAAAAUUACAGUCAAAUCAAUGUUUCCUUCUCGAUUGUUUGGCAGAAAUGUUCAAUUGAAAAUUCCAUGUCCUUCAAACACUGCCAAAUGUCAAAUUUCAGUGCCACACGGGCGCGCUUCAUAUAAGGCAGAUCAAUCUUGUAUUGUCUGGAUCAUUAAACGAUUUCCAGGAGAUACAGAAAUGACAUUGCAUGCAGAAAUUGAUUUAAUUGCACAAACGAGUGAGGUUAAGAAAUGGUCUCGCCCUCCUAUCCAUUUGAAUUUCCAAGUACCCAUGUUUGCAGCAAGUGGAAUGCACAUUCGAUUUUUGAAGGUGUUGGAAAAAUCAAAUUAUGAAACCACCAAAUGGGUGAAAUAUUCAACACAAACAGGAGUCUAUGAAUGUAGAAUUUAA